AUUUAAAAUCUACAAUUUUAAAGCCCGUUAUCCAUUGGGUACAAACUCUAAUAUUUUAAUUUGGGUAGGUGGUGGUUCACUGUUGGGUAUUUAACAUUUGUGUUGAUUAGUUUGAUCGCAACCUCGCUUUGGUCUUUUCGAAAUACGACGGCAAGGUUUCAGAAGACGAAAAUUGGACGAGAAAAUAAUCUUCUUAAAAAAAGUUGAAAUAACACCUGAAAUAGUUUCAGAUCAUGUAUAGGAGGUCCGGCAGAAAAAGGGUGCCGACAAGCAGGGCAAAUAAUGGAGGCGCAGCGGCAGCUUCAAAGAAGUCGAAACAGCAACAGGAAGAGGCGAAUGCUAAUAUUGCAGAUAGAUUAGCCAGGAAUUUACCUAGAACAAGUGGAACACCACCUGUACAGCUCGGCUCAAACACUGUGACAACUAAUGUACUACCACAGAGUCCAAUAAUGAUCCCAGCAACACUGCCAGCAGAAACAAUUUACCCUGCUCCAGGUAAUACAUUACACCAACCCCUAAUUAACACAGGUUAUGUCUUACCCAUUGAAACGGUUAAGGCGUCAGAUGACAUAGCGCGAAACGUUUCGCAAAAUGUCAAACAAAAAGUAAUAAAUGGGGAAUAUGUAGAUAUGGGCAGUUUGUUAAAUAAUUCACAAAACAUAACAGGAGUGAAUCAAACACUUACAUUUAAUCAGGGACAGAUUAUAUUACAACCUAAGCAACAGGACACAAGAAUUACCACAAUAGGUAUAUGGACGGAUGCCUUUUUAAUAUAUAUCAGUAUUUAUUGUUCUAUACAUACAUCUCAGUUCCAAGAACUGUUGAAGUAUAUGCAAACUGUCAGGUUAGGGGCUAAACGCUAUGCAGGUUUAGGAUGGAAAUUGUAUGAUGAACAGUUUAGACUACGUAGAUCACAGGAUCCUGCUGGAUCCUGGUCUGUCAUAGACACUGAGCUAUGGUUAUUGUAUAUGCAACCAGCAGGUCCUAUUAAUGGGCCAGAGUUUAAUAUUGCACAAAAACCAACAAACAAUUUUCUUAAAUGUUAUGCAUAUAAUUAUAAUGGGACGUGCACCCAACAAUAUUGCACAUACAAACAUGCUUGUUUAAAAUGCAGUGGGGUACAUCCGGUUAUAUAUUGCACUAAUAGCAAAGUGACUAACUCUAAUAAUCCUCAGUCACCUGGGAUUGUUCAGAGAUUUAGAUCAGCCCGGCCUCAAGCACCACAGAAAACAGCUUCUAAUUUUCAACCCUUUGCACCUAGGCAAAUGCAAAAUAACACAAGAUUCCGUUCUCCUGGAGCAUUUAUGGGACAAAGGCAAAACCCCAGUCAAAAUUAAAUCGUUAAGAGAAUUACUGUCAAAUUAUGAAAACAAAACUGAUGCAGCAAUGUUAUUAUUAGGAUUUAUAGAGGGGUUUAGAUUAAACUAUACUGGUCCAAGGAUCUCGAGUUUUGCAAGCAAUCUCAUUUCAGCAGAAGUUCACAAAACCGAAACGAAUUUAAAAUUACAAAAAGAAGUGCAUCUUGGUAGAAUGUUGGGCCCCUUUUCAAAAAUACCAAUUUCAACUUUAAGAAUAUCUCCUAUUGGGGUAGUUGCAAAAAAUGACGGAGGAUGGCGUCUUAUAACUCACUUGUCAUAUCCUACAAACUGGAGUGUGAAUGAUUUCAUUGAUCCAGAAAUUUGUAAAGUAAAGUAUUCUUCUUUUGAUAAAGUAGUUGGGAUGAUCUCUGAAUUAGGAAAUAACGUGCUUUGCGCAAAAAUGGACAUUAGUCAGGCCUUUAGAAUUUUAUUGGUUCACCCAGCUGAUUUUGACCUUCUGGGAAUUUUCUUUGAUGGGAAAUAUUAUAUUAAUAAAUGUCUGCCUGAAGGCUGCUCUAUAUCAUGUGCCCUCUUUGAAAAAUUUGCCACCUUUUUGCAUAAAACAGUUGCAUUGAAAGCUGGCAUUGAGACUUUAGACCACUAUUUGGAUGACUUUUUCUUUGCUGGUGAAAGUUCAACGGAUAAUUGUACCAUUUUGAUGGACACUUUUAAUGAAGUAUGUAGGCAGUUAGGUGUUCCACUAGCAGAGAAUAAAACAGUAGGUCCUACUACAUGUAUCACAUUUCUAGGCCUUGAAAUUGACACAGUACUUAUGUUGGUUAGAAUCCCCCCUGAAAAACUGGAUAAACUUAAAUUUAUGCUUGAUCAGGUCUUGUCAAAAAAGAAAAUGGCACUGAAGGAACUUGAAUCAAUUACUGGUUUAAUGGCAUUUUGUUCAAGGGCUAUUAUAUCAGCCCGUGCAUUCAUUCGUCGUUUUUACGAUUUGAUAGCUUCAGUUAAGAAUGGAAAGCCUUAUUAUACUGUCAGAUUGAAUUCAGAGGUCAAAGCAGAUGCUAGAGUUUGGUUAAAUUUUCUAGAUCAAUUCAAUGGUCAGUGUUAUUUUCCUGAUAGAUGUUGGUCGACUAAUGAAAGUCUGGAAUUAUUCACUGAUAGUGCAGGUAAUGUUUUAUUAGGUUGUGGAGCUUAUUUUCAAGGUCACUGGGUACAAUACCAGUGGCCCAGUAGUUGGGCUGAUACUAGCAUUCUAUUGGAUAUAACAUGUUUGGAGCUUAUUCCCAUCGUGCUGUCUUUCAUGAUAUGGGGUCCUUCAUUUAGAAAUAAAAAGAUUUUGUUGAGAAUAGAUAAUCAGGCAUUAGUAAGCAUUGUGAACAAAAGAACAUCAAAAUCAAAGAGAGUUAUGAUAUGGAUAAGACAACUAGUUUUUCUCACUAUGAACAAUAACAUACAAUUUAGGGCACAACAUAUUGAGGGUGAGCAUAAUGCAAUCGCAGAUGCUCUUUCUCGAUUUCAGGAACAACGUUUUAUGGACUUGGUCCCGAAUGCAGACAGUUCUCCAGCAGCAAUCCCACAAGAAUUCCUGUCGAUGAUUUCAGAACUGAAAUGAAUCACUUACUUAUAAAUUCAUUAGCACCCAGUACACAGAAAGCAUAUUUGCAUAGCAUGGACAUAUUUGUUAAAUUCAGAGAAAAUCAUGGUUUUUCUGAUGUCUGGCCUAUUCCGCUUGAUGACUUGACAUCAUUCAUUGUUUAUAUGUUUAGAAAGAAAUUGUCCCACUCAACAGUAUCUGGCUAUAUAUCAGGCUUAAGUUACUUUAAUAAAAUCAACAAUUUAGAAGACAAUACACAGAAAUUUGUGGUCAGAAAAUUGAUUGAAGGAAUAAAAAGGUUGGGGGGCCCAAAUCAAAAGGACACUAGAUUACCUAUAACAAGAGAUAUAUUGGAAAAAUUAUUGAGGUCACUGGCGGUGAUUUGCAAAAACGGGUAUGAGACAAAACUGUUUAUGACUUCAUUUUCGCUAGCCUUUCAUGGUUUUAUGAGAGUAGGUGAAAUAACAGUUGAUUGCAAAAAUAAGCAGAUGCAUACUGUAAAAUUUGAAAAUAUAAAGCUUUGUGAUACAAGAUUAGAGGUGUUAUUGACGUCAUCUAAAACUGAUCAGUUUGGUUCUGGAACAACAAUCGUUAUUUCUAAGCAGAAAAACAAAAAUAUAUGUCCAGUACAAAUAAUGGCUAAUUUUAUUAAAGUUCGCCCACCUUAUCUGGGACCUUUAUUUUGUCAUUUUGAUGGAUCCCCCCUUACAAGAUACCAGUUUUCAGCAUUAUUAAAAAGGUCUCUGUCAGUAAUUGGUAUAGAAAACAAUGGAUUUAAGUCCCAUUCCUUUAGAAUUGGAAUGGCAACUACAUGCGCAUUAGAGGGUAUUUCUGAUGAACAAAUUAAAGAAAUGGGACGUUGGAAGUCACAGGCCUUUUUGCGAUACAUUAGGAUUUAAAUGUGCCUGAACAUUAUAUAUGUACAUUUAUGUGUGUAAAUAUGUUUCAAUUUGCUUAUUUCAUAAUGCAGUCUUGAGCUGGCAUUUAAAAUAGUAUAUUAUGUAAAUAAAUGGUAUGUCCUGCAUCAAUAUAAGCAAGUAAUAAUUGCUUUCUAAGAAUUGCAGGACAUGCUACAGUUUGGAUCGUUGGAUCCUCGAUUAUUAAACAUGCCUUUGGGGAAGCCAGAGGACGACCGGGAGGGGUAAACUUGGGGCUGCAGAGGAUGGGAGUAAAUAUUUGGUGGCAAGGAAAAUGUGGAGGUAAAGUGCUGGACAUGAAAAAACAAAUAAGAACCAUGUUGAAAUAUGAAGAUCCGCCAACUAUAUUAGUUUUACAUAUUGGAGGAAAUGAUAUAGGGAAAGAAAGUACAAAAACUAUUUGUGAACUAAUAAGGAAACAGUUCAGUUGGAUGCGUCAACUGAUGUUGGACACAGUUUUUGUCUGGUCUCAAAUUAUUCCGAGAUCAAGUUGGCGUUACUCUGACAAUAUUAAUGCCAUGGAAAAAUGCAGAUUGAGGGUUAAUACCUCUAUAGCAUCAUUUUUAACCAAAUCAGAUGGUUGUUACAUCCGUUACCCUGAGAUAAAGGCUAAUGAAUUAUUCUUAAUGAAAGAUGGAGUGCAUUUGACGUCUUUGGGAAAUAACAUUUUCUUGAAUACCCUCCAGGGAGGAUUAGAAAUGAUCCUCAGGAAUCUUGGCAUUAAUUUAACCUUCCCCGACUGUAAUUAGAUACAACUGUUAUGUUAACAUUUUAUAUCUGACGUUUCAAGUAAGUUACUAGGAAGUAACUUGAAAGUUAUAUAUAUUUAAAUUGUAUUUGGCACAGCUUCGCGCAGCUUCACCCCCUCUUUUCAGUGGCGGUUGUCCAAUCAGAUCAAGUUGUUACUCUGAUCUUAUCGGACAAUUUGGCACAUUUCGCUGCGCUGGAUUUAACAUUCAUAUAUUCAGUGAACAGUAAUGAUAGCCUCUGAUUACCAGGGCUCAUCAGUCAACUUCUCGUACCAGACAUAUUACUUAAAUAUAUUUAUAUUAGUGGUCUGCCAUAAUUUGCGGUAGCCACAUUAUAAUUUACAUAUAUAUUAAAUACAGACAUUGAUAAAUAUAUUUCAGAGCAAGAUUGCCAAUUUAAAUACAUAUUAUAUAUCAUAUAUGUUAUAUUUUAUUCAAGAUAAAGCUGUGGCCAAAUACUGCCAAAACCUUAUUAUCUAUUUGUUGUGUUUUGGGCCUCGAGGAUAAAAGGAUUUAAAAUCUACAAUUUUAAAGCCCGUUAUCCAUUGGGUACAAACUCUAAUAUUUUAAUUUGGGUAGGUGGUGGUUCACUGUUGGGUAUUUAACAUUUGUGUUGAUUAGUUUGAUCGCAACCUCGCUUUGGUCUUUUCGAAAUACGACGGCAAGGUUUCAGAAGACGAAAAUUGGACGAGAAAAUAAUCUUCUUAAAAAACCCACCACCCUCCCAAUGUAAAUUAAUUUUGUGUUACAUGUGUAUUUGUUCUGAAUGGAAGUAAGAAACCAGAUACUGCUUUUAAGUUUAUAUUUCAGCUUAUUUCUGCUAAUGGUACUGAGAUGGGAGAGUAGGAGACAACUAGUGAACAUAAAGUAGAUGUAAAAGUUGGACAUUGGCAGAGCACAUUUCGCUGCGCUGGAUUUAACAUUCAUAUAUUCAGUGAACAGUAAUGAUAGCCUCUGAUUACCAGGGCUCAUCAGUCAACUUCUCGUACCAGACAUAUUACUUAAAUAUAUUUAUAUUAGUGGUCUGCCAUAAUUUGCGGUAGCCACAUUAUAAUUUACAUAUAUAUUAAAUACAGACAUUGAUAAAUAUAUUUCAGAGCAAGAUUGCCAAUUUAAAUACAUAUUAUAUAUCAUAUAUGUUAUAUUUUAUUCAAGAUAAAGCUGUGGCCAAAUACUGCCAAAACCUUA